AUAAUUAUUUUAAUAAAUUAAUUAUGUCUGCAUUUAUUAUUUAUUAUAUAUUUUUUCCCACACAAUGUGUCUCUUCGCUUCUCCCUCUCCCCCUUAAAUAAGCCCUUCUCCUUUCAUUUCUCACUCGCUCCCCGUCCCCCCCACUCUCUCUCUCUCUCUCUCUCUCUCUCUCUGUAUUAGUAUAAAGAGGCAAGCACAGUGUUGGAAGACGUGAUGGCGGGGUGGUGGUUGUGGGCAGUGGUGGCGAUUUUUGCAGCCGUGGGGAGGGCGGAGGAUCCGUACUUGUUCUUCGAGUGGACGGUCACCUACGGCGUGCGUUCUCCUCUGGGCGUUCCUCAGCAGGUAAUUCUUAUAAACGAUCAAUUUCCGGGUCCUGAGAUUAACUCAGUCACCAACAACAAUCUCAUCAUCAAUGUCUUCAACAAUCUCACCGAGCCGUUUCUUCUCACCUGGAGUGGGCUGCAGCAGAGGAGGAACUCAUUUGAAGAUGGAGUGUAUGGAACCACAUGCCCCAUCCCUCCUGGCAAGAACUUCACAUACAUUAUGCAAGUGAAAGACCAAAUUGGGAGCUUCUACUACUUCCCAUCUCUUGCUUUCCACAAGGCUGCUGGUGGCUUUGGAGGCAUCAAGAUCCUCAGCAGACCCCUCAUCCCUGUCCCCUUCGCUGAUCCUGCUUGGGACUUCACCAUUCUCAUUGGGGAUUGGUACAAGACCAACCACACAAUCCUGAAGGCUGCAUUGGAUGCUGGCAAGAUGCUUCCACCCCCAGAUGGCCUUUUAAUCAAUGGUCAAGGACCUAAUGGUUAUGCACUUCAAUUUGAGCAAGGGAAAACCUACAGGCUCAGGAUUUCAAAUGUUGGGCUCCAAAGCUCAAUUAACUUCAAAAUCCAAGGUCACAAGCUGAAGCUUGUUGAAGUUGAGGGAACUCACACAAUGCAGAUCACUCUUGGCUCUAUUGACAUCCAUGUGGGCCAGUCUGUGUCUGUGUUGGUUACCGCGAAUCGUCCUCCUCGCGAUUACCAUAUUCUGGCUUCAACCCGGUUCACUGCUGUUACCCUCAACAACACCGCCAUUCUCCGCUACAACAACUCACUCCGAGCCUUCUCCCGUCUUCUCCCAAGUCCGACCAUGAACACAGCUGCUUGGUCAUUGCACCAGGCCCGUGCCUUCAGGACUAACUUGACAGCAAGUGGACCAAGGCCAAACCCACAGGGAUCCUACCACUAUGGGCUCAUCAACCUCACUAGAACAAUCAUACUUGAAAGUUCUGCAGGAUUAGUUGAUGGCAAGCAGAGAUAUGCUCUUAACAGUGUCUCCUUUGUCCCGGCCGACACACCCCUCAAGCUCGCGGAUUACUUCAACAUCAGUGGGGUGUUCGAAGUUGGGAGCAUCCCGGACACACCCACGGGCAAACCGAUCCAGCUCGACACCUCAGUGAUGGGUGCCGACUACAGAGCUUUCAUUGAGAUUGUGUUUCAGAACAAUGAGAAGAUUAUGCAGAGCUUUCAUCUUAAUGGGUAUUAUUUCUUUGUUGUUGGAAUGGAUUUUGGAAAGUGGAGUCCAUCUAGAAGAGCACAAUAUAAUCUUAGAGAUGCUGUCUCAAGAGUCACAAUACAGGUGUAUCCAGAGUCAUGGAGUGCCAUAUAUGUUGCACUAGACAAUGUGGGAAUGUGGAAUUUGAGAAGUGAGAUAUGGGCAAGACAGUACUUGGGAGAGCAGUCCUACCUGAGAGUUUAUACCUCGGUGAAAUCGCUUCGUGACGAGUUUCUCAUUCCAAUCAAUGCCCUUCUUUGUGGCAGGGCUGAGGGAAGAAGUACCAGGCCAUAGAUCCACAAGAGGUUGAAGAGCAAACACAGGCUUUUUCAGAUACUGGAUUGCCCAACUCAGGGCGAAAUCCCAUUUUCGAAUUCUAAUAGACCACAACCCAGGGUCAAAUUCUUUUUCUCUAUUAACAAAAGAUGGAAUUUGUUUGUUUGUUUGUUUGUUUGUUUGUGUUCUCAUAUGUAUCGAUUCGGAAAGAAUAAAUAUGCUUUGCUGUUGUACCAAAA